UCUGUGAAGAGGAUAAAUAGUUGCAAACUAUUAGUGGACCCAUAAGGCCACUCAGUAGUAGGUUUGAUUGACAGCAGUUGUCAUUCAUAGUAAAAUGCACCUGUCAAGGUUGUUUUACUGUUAUUUGUGUUUUGAAUGGACUGUUGUCUCUAGUUUCAUUACUCUUUCUUCCUUUCUCUCUCUCUCCCCCUUUCUGUCCCCUCAGCUCUGUACUUUGAGUGAGCUGUGAAAUAGGCAUUAUAAAUAGUGGUCAUGGGCUGUGUAUAUUUAGCCACUCAAACAGCGUCUGAAACCAGUGGGUUUGUCUGAGGGGGCUGUCAUUACAGAGCUGGAAGCUUGUUGUAACUCAUGCUGGAAGUUGCCUUUGCACAGAGCUCCUGAACAGGACGUCACUGGAGAACCAGAAGCUGAGCCUCAUGGGGGAGGUGUCCUACCUGAAACUAAAGCUGGCAGACAUGGAGGAGAAACAGGGCCAUGGGACUGAGAGGCAGCACAAAGCUGAGGGCUUAUUUAAGGAGCUGCGAAUUCUCAAGGAGAAAGUUGAACACCUGGAGGAUCAAAAGCUCCAGUACGAGAAGAAACUCAAAGCAACAAAGGCAGAGAUCAGUAGCCUUCAGCAGCUUCUGCUCAGUAAGAAUGCCGAGAUCGAGAGCUUGCACACUCAGCUCCUGGCCAGACCCUCUCUUUCUGCUGAGAGCUCAGACAGAGAGGAGAUGUACAGGAGGAGGCUAAACACCAAAUAUCAGGAACUGCAGAGGCUUAGGAGUGGAAUGGACUCACUGUUAGCUGCCAAUGAUGAGAAGGACCGCCGCAUUGAGGAGCUCACUCUGCUGCUGAACCAGUGCAGGCAAUUCAGAGAGGUCACUCACAACACAAGGCAAGCUCCACCUGCUGUCCAUUCAAUGACAAAUGGCAGGACUCCAUCAAGCAGCAGUGAAGAAGAAGAGCAGGGAGUGACAAAGAAUACUGACUCUGCUAGUGCCAAAUCUGAGGAUAUAAAGUCAGAGGUUUCCACAAGCAGCUCAUCCUUCCAACAUACAUCUCAUUCAUUGGUCCAGAAAGACAAGGAUUGCAGGACAGAGCCACUGACUUUAUCAAGUAGUAUGACUGACCUACCAAACGGACCCUCACCAAAGAGUGGUCAUGCUGAACCCAGAAGUCAAACGCUACCUGUAAAUUCCUCUCUGUUAGAGCAGAAUGGGAACAGAGACAGCAGCAGUGAUACACACAGUCAUAAGUCUCCAGAUGGCAGUGAGGAUGGAGACUCCAAUGAAAGAAAGACGGACAAAGUUGAUGACAGCCCUUCAAGUAAUCAUUCCCCUGUGAAUUCUGGGGUGAAUACACAGUGUGGCCAGCGAGCUGUUGGCUCACCAGAAUACCUGAAGAAUAACAGGAGUUUCAAGAGGCUCUGGGGAAAACUCCGAAGAACCCAGUCCGGAGGGCUGCAGGGGGCAGACCCAGACGCAGGGCAGUUUAGAAGAGGGGGGCUGCGGGCCACAGCAGGACCCAGACUGACCCGAACCCCUGAGUCUUCCUGCUCUGUGCGUGAUAUGAAUACUCCAUUCAGCCAGUGGACCAAGGAGCAGGUGUGUGGCUGGCUAGAGGACUAUGGACUUGGCCAGUAUGUCAAUCUUACCAGACAGUGGGUUGACAAUGGACAGACACUGCUGUCUGCUACGCCUCAGGACUUUGAGAAGGAGAUGGGUAUGAAGAACUCUCUGCACAGGAAGAAGCUACAACUGGCUCUGAGGGCAUUCACUACAAAAGUUAUAGAGAAGAGUUCUGAGCUGGACCACAUCUGGGUCACACGCUGGUUGGAUGAUAUUGGUUUGCCUCAGUAUAAAGACCAAUUCCAUGAGGCCCGAGUGGAUGGUCGUAUGAUUCAAUACCUCACAGUGAAUGACCUCUUGACGCUAAAGGUGACCAGCCAACUCCACCACCUCAGUAUUAAAUGUGCCAUCCAUGUCCUUCAUGCCAAUAAGUUCAACCCUCACUGUCUUCGACGCAGGCCGGGUGAAGAGAAACAGCCCUCUCCUUCAGAGGUGGUCCAGUGGUCUAAUCAUCGUGUAAUGGAGUGGCUACGAGCAGUAGAUCUAGCCGAGUAUGCUCCCAAUCUACGGGGCAGUGGUGUCCAUGGAGGGUUGAUUAUUCUUGAGCCUCGUUUCAGCUCAGAGACACUGGCCCUGCUGUUGAAUAUUCCUCCUCAGAAAACUCUUCUCCGCCGCCACCUCGCCACUGCCUUCUCGGCCCUGGUGGGGGCUCAGGCCACACAAGAGAAACGAGAGUACGGCAAUGCCACAGGCCAUGUGCCCCUCACUACCACAGCCAAAGUCAGGCCAAAGAAGCUGGGCUUCACCCAAUUCAGUCACCUGAGAAAGAGGAGGCCUGAUGAGUCUGCAGACUACAUUUGCCCCAUAGACACCAGUGCCUCAACAAUGAAUGGCAUUUCCCACUGGCCCCACGCAGGACUCAGGGGCCUCAGCCCCAGCUUGGACAGACAGGCAGAGAGGAGAGAGCAGGUGGGGAAAAAAAGCUGAGGCUCAUUCCCGACUGACAAUGACUGCAAAAAGCUAACUGCUUUUAACUCCACCUUCUCUGCCACAAAAACUGUUCUCUUACUGAAUCCAAGUGAUUUUGUGAUUCAGUGGAGUUUCUAAUGCAGAAACUUACCCAAGAUGCAUCCAUCUGGUGAUUUCAUGGAUGUGCUACAGUUACUGUAAUUUAUCAGGUGAUGCUAAUUAUUUUAUUACCAGAUAAGCUGAGGCCAGGAUUCAUCUACAUGAGGUGAAUGAUGAAUUUGUGUGGCAUAAACUGUACACUUUUUCCUAUGAAAAUUGCUCUCUGCAUUCCUUCUACAGUGGGAUUCCAAAGCUUACACUUUUGCUUUAAUACAAUGCAUUUUACCAACCAUCUUGAAGUACCAUCUUGUAUCUUAACUUCAUAGUUGUAUUAAGAAUAUUGACAGCUUUUUCUUGUUAUGUAUCUUGCUUUACGGUAUGAGAUAAUAAUUGACACCAGUUACUUCAAACUUGGUUGUUGCGUUUUAUUACUUGUUGUAGUUAUUAACAGCUGGAAAAAAUUAAUCCCGAAAACUGACAUUCUCUAUUGGGCAUUUAGCUCUCCAUCUUUACACAAGAGAUUCUCUGUGAAAUAUAUAAGUGUAAGUAGUGAAAAUAAAGCCUGACAUUGAAGUGUAACUUCAGGUCCUUGUAAAACCAAAAA